UAAAUUUUAUCUUUAUGGGUAACUGUGGAAGCGUAUGCUGUCCUGGCGAUGAGAAGCACGAGGUCUCUAAUAUGGACUCUCCUAAUAAAACACAAGGUAAACAUAAGAAGAAGGUAAUUACUGCCAAGGGAGCCUCCUCUGCAGCUGGAUCUAAGAAUCAGAAAGGACAAUUUGUUGAGGAAUAUGAAGUAGCUAGCAAGACCAAACAAACAAAAAGAGAGAAGAGAGACAAACAAAUUCUGAGAUCGGGUGCUGAGUAUACUGGAGAAUGGAUCGGCAAUAAGAGGGAUGGUGAAGGAGUCCAAGUUUGGAAAGAUGGGUCAAGGUACGAAGGAACUUGGCUCGAAGACCAAGCCCACGGUUAUGGCAAACUCUACCAUGCCGAUGGAGAUAUCUAUGAAGGCGAAUGGAAGAAUGACAAGGCACAUGGUAAAGGAAAAUACAUCCAUUCUAACGGAGCUACUUAUGAAGGUGACUGGGAGAAUGAUAAACAACACGGUUACGGUGUAGAAAUCUGGCCUGAUGGUGCCAAAUACGAAGGUGAGUACGCUCAAGGAAAGAAAGAAGGCAAAGGCAGCCUCUUCUUUGCUGAUAACUCCAUCUAUAAAGGUCAGUUCAAAGAUAAUGAGAUUAACGGAAUUGGAAAAUACGAAUGGACUGAUGGAAAAGUUUACAAUGGAUCCUGGGUAAACAAUAAGAUGAGUGGUCAUGGAAAGCUUGUCUGGAAAGAUGGUAAAUGCUAUGAAGGACAAUUUGAAGAAGAUAAAAGACAUGGAAAAGGCAAAUUUGAAUGGGCUGAUAAUAGAGUCUAUGACGGAGAAUGGAGAGCUGGAAAGCAACACGGAAGAGGAACUUUCGUUGGAUCUGAUGGAAAGAAGAGAGAAGGUGAAUGGAUAGAUGGGAAACGCGUGAAAUGGUUGUAA